AUGAACAGAAAUAACCUAUUUAAAUUCGACAAUAUAUUUCGUAGGCUCAACGCGUGCUGCGAUUUACGUCCACGGACUCCGUAUGUUUUGGACAAAAUCCGAGAAAAACAUGCUAAUCUAGCCCAAUACUAUCGUAGCUUUGACUCCCACUUUGCAAUUAGAGAUGCUGGCCCCGAUGGAAUUAUACUAGUGGUCAACUCGUCUGUGGUGCUCUUAGAAGAGGACAAUCUUAUCUCUGUGAUUUGCUCCUGUCAACCAGACGAACCACAAAGAGUCGCUUACGAUAUACAUUCCCUCGGUAAGACUGUUCACAUCUUCCAAGUCACAAAUAUUGCCGAUAUAUGCCAGGGAAGCCUUGGUAUUGGCUGGAAUAUUGGUAUUGGCAUUGGUCUCUGGAUAGUAGCUAUAUUAUUGAUUUCAAUUAGCUUUAAGCUAAUUGGCUGGCAUAUGUUUGGAAUUGCGGGUAUUGUAAUGGCUAUUACUUUUAUUGUCGAGCAUCUGGUCCAUUAUAUCUUCUACAAACGGGUUUCGGGUAAGAUGAAGGGCUUUGCUCGACAAAGUAGACCAGGGUCUGUGGCGUCUCAAUGUAUUAGCCUGAUUAGUAUACUAGUAUCACUUAUCUCGGCCUCUGGCUUGCUGCGAGUUAUUGAUCAUAUUCAAGAUAGUGCCUCUAGCCCACAAACUAACUACAAGAAUCUUGGACUUACACAUCUAGCUCAGCCUAGCUUGGAACAGAUCAACCAGAGCAUUAACGUCCUGUUCCAUUCUUGCGAAAUUUGGUUGGCAAUCGUUUUGUCUCUAGAGGCCAUCGCGCGGACUUUCAACCAUAACUUGGGUAAGAUUCACAAACUAGAUAUGUUUCCCUUUCUACUAAUACCAUACUUGGUCUUCUGGCUUUGGCUAGUUGCCUUCCAUCUCAAAAAAGUGUUUAUCGAUCACAUAGUGGGCCCGUUCUCUCAUCCGUCCGAGAUUCCAAAGCCCACUUAUGAUUUUCUAAUGUGCUUAUUUGGUUUGAUCAGUAUGGUUUUCAUACUGGCCAUGAGAACCGUCAGUGAAAUCAAACAAACCCGAGCUAACAACAGUGACAAAGUUAUCUUCCAUACUACCCACCGCUAUCAAUUUGGUUGGGUCUGUGCAGUCUUACCAGCCACUCUUAUACUAUUGUUUAAUUGUUGCUGCUGGUCAACCCUUAUUUAUGACGGGUUCUUUUCAACUGACACUGGCUCCUCUCUAUCCCCAUAA